AUGAUGAACAAUGAUUUACACGAUAAAUUACAAGAACUAACUGAAAAUCCUAUCAAUGAGCCAACAGAUACUGAUCUUGUUCGACAAAUACAAAUAAUUCAUAAUCAAAUAGGACUUAUUGAAACAUCUACUUUGGUUGAUAAUUUAUUAGAAUCAAAAUCCGAAUUAAGUCCACAAUUAAAAAUAGCUAAAGUUGGUAAUGCUAGUGAUGAUCGACGACGAUCAGAAACAAUUCAUCCUUGUUUAACAUUAGAUGAUUGA